AUGGCCGCAGCUUCAUAUGGGAAGAAUGAGACACUAGAGAGCUGUGUGGAGUCGCUUAAAGGGUCGGUGGAGUUUCUUGAGGUGUCGUUGAAAAGAUUGGAUGAGGUUACUAGAGAUGUACCCCGAUUGAAGAGAGUAUUAACCACCGAUAAAGUAUUUGGAUUAGUACCAGAGCUGGAUUUAGAGAAUGCUAAGAAAAAGCUACAACACGAGACGCAUCCCCAAAUCAAUAUAAUGGUUGAAAAAAUUGAACGAGAAAUCAGUCGAUUGACUCGAAGAAAGAACAAUUUAACCGGGAAGAUUGAAUUACAAAGAAUACGGAUUGAUGGGGCCAGAAAGAAUACUUCGAACGAUAUGGAAAUUGGAAGAGUUGUUAAAGGAGACAUCAAUGAACACAAGCUGACUAGAUUGAAACUAUUACAGAAUAAAAAGGAACGAUUAAAGUAUAGUUUAUCGAGAUUGAACUUACAGGAUAAGAAAAAUCGAUUAAGUAUGAUUCCAUCGUUACCACCUCAAUAA